UGAGCACCUACAUCCCCAGGUGCAGUGUGUCUGAAAGGACCAGGUGGAACUCGUGUUGCCAUCUUGCUUUCCUUUAUGUACAAAGUCGAGGUUUACGGUAAUAGCAGGACAUAUAAAAGUAGAUAAAACAUUUCCGGGUGUACCAAUCAGUGAAUCCAGUAAUUAAUUAAUAACGAAACUGCCCAUGUGGAAGUUAACUACAAAAGCCUUUAGAAACAGACUGAGAGCUGGACAUUCUUCUUGCAAACAAUGUGACAAUGAAAACACUCAGUUUCCGCUACAGAUGUGCUUUGUCUUUCUCCUUCAUCCUGUGGAUGUAAUCCUAUUACCCAAAGUGAAAAAUUCAACUAAUUUCCAUCAUCUAUCAGCAACGACUUGACUGAUUGCGGCUGUCAUGGCGGACAUACAACUAGUUUGGUCUUGUGUUUUCAUCCUGACUAUUGUUAGUAUGAGUUAUUCGGACGAAAGCUGUGGCGAUGUGAAGAUUACAAGCCCUGUGUCCAACACAGUGAACAUGUCUGUCAACGACUGGCUCAACAUGACUUUCACGUUCAAAACAGAGAAGUGUACAGGUCCGGCAUAUGUUAUCACCGUUGAAAAAAAGGAGCAAGAUCGUCCGAUGAUUAUUUGUCGAAUACAUCACAACCAAACAUCGUGCUUUACAACAGGUCAUAUAACUCUGUACCCAUGUCGCUGUGUCAGUCCCUCAGGUCCUGUGGAAUUCUGGGAAAAGCUGGUGAGACCUGGAGAUGUGGAGUACAAGUGGAGAUGGAAGAACGAGUCAGGAAAACAAGGAGAGAAAAAUAUAACUGUUCACAUUACAAUUGGUGACAAGAAAAAUUCUCAACGUUUACAAACGAUGAAAUUCAUUCUUGGCGGUACUGGUGGUCUCCUCGUUAUUGUCGUUGCUGUCGUUGUUAUUUCCAGCCAGAUGUCAUAAGUCAAGUCCAUCGGGUAAGUGUUUUUGUUGUUGUAGUGAGUGAUGUUCAAGCAACUACUAGCGUUCUGCAGCAUAGCUUUGAAAAACAAAUUUGUUGACAGUAGGUCAUGACAAAUACGCAAAACAUUUUGUAAUCGAUUUUCACUUACUUUCGACCUUCUAAGGUAUUAAAUUUUUACCAGUUACUCAUUUCUGGUUACAAUGUAGUAAUAAAUUAUUUCUAACAUCCCACAAGUAGUAAAAUAAUUUUAAUAUGUUUGGUAUAAAAACACAUAGGUCGAAUUAGGGGCGAUAGGUAACUGUGCCUCUAAGACCAGUAAACUAUAGAAUAUUUUCUCUAGUUAGGCCUAGAACAAAAUAAACAGAUAAUAUUGGUAAGAAAAUUCAAACGUGUAAUAGCUUCUCCCUUAAAUGAUUGGAUAAAAUAAAACAAAACCUCGGUUUUCUUUGACUUCAGUUUUCGUCGAUUUUCUCCUCGAAAAAAAUUAUCUUUUUCUCGUCGGCGAGCACACGUGACCUCGUUGCUAAUUUUACGAAAACAAAGGGUGACCCACAUCCUCAGUGUGGUCUUGUUUCUCGUUGUGUGAGCAUCUACCCCGCGCUUCUAGCCAAACAUUUCCAGUUUGUUUCUUGUGUUUUUGAGCUUUUUUUAUUGAUUACUACACUUACAUGUAAUUCCUGCGUAUUCAGUAAUGUGUAAUGUGUUUAUUUUGCGUUUUUCAGUUUCAGUACGAAAGGUACGUGAGAUAAAAUCACGUGUGCUCAAAUCUCACUGUCCCUGUUAAGUGUUUACCUUGCUAAUAAGUUUACCUUUUUCUAAAUCAUGGGACCGAAAACAGUUUGCAGAACCAGCAGCUCUUGACAUUAGUCUUUAUUUUCAUUUUAAAUUUCUUAUUGUUUUUAGUAUUAAACACUUUCUUUCUUUUCUAUAAAAUGUGCUUUUUGUAUGUAUUUUGGAGUGUCUGAAGCAAAUUAAUUUUAUUUAGAUUAAUCCAUUUAUAAAUAAUUGCCUCGCUUUUUGUCGGUUUCGGAUUUCGCCUAUUGUUUUCGGACAGAUUCUCGACAACAAACGAGGUAUUAUUGUGCAUAAAACUAACAAGCUUGGGAAGGCAGUCAAACAGUUGUAGUCAAUGUUGGAUACCCGAAUAGAAUUGUCAGAACGUAGGGAAUAUACAAGCUUCUGUCUCAGUACUCUGUACACAGUUGAAAGUGUACUAUAGCUAAAAAAAACUAUUUCUAUCAUACCGUAGCACAUAACAUUUAUAAAAGUUACAAUCUCCAUAUGCAUUAAUCAGUGAUUGACGAGACAGUACAUAUUAAAGUUGUUUAUUUUAGCGUUCAGGGAUAGAAGAGAAGCUUGUCAUGCUUUUAGAAAAAACUUCCUUCUUGAGAACAAUGCUUCAAAGACACAAUGGGUUUCAUUUGCAAACUUCGUUUUUUAACUUCCUCAAAAAUAUAUUUCUGCUCCCCUCUUUCCGGGCACUGAAGUCGUUGACUGUUUCUUCUCGCCCUUAGUGUGCAUCGUUCAUACGGAAGAAGAUAGUGCUGGUGUCAUUUACUAAUUUAUGACAUCUCUCGACAUUUUUCCAAACGAAAACUUUUAUUUACGUCUGGGAACAGAAAACACUCACUGUAAGCAAAAAUUAGCAGAGAUUUUCUAAAUACGAAAAAAAAACCAAGUGUUCAAUAGUAAACAAGAGCUGGAGGACAUGUAGAAAUCCCGUGUAGUGAUCAUCAACUUCAUUGUCAUCAACAAACUUCCGUCACGUGAAACAGCUGACGUAAGGCGAUUGUCCCAACUUCCGGUUGCUAAGAGGAUUCGAGAGUCUGUACACACAUCUGUGUUUUUGUGAGAAGACCUGACGAACGUGACUGUCAUGGCGAACAUACAACUAUUCCGUUGCUUUUUUUUCUUCUUGAUUGUUUUUAGUGGGAGCUAUUCGGAUGACAGCUGUGGAGAUGUGAAGAUUACAAGCCCUGUGUCCAGCACAGUCAACGUGUCUGUCAAUGACUGGCUGAAAAUGACUUUCACGUUCAACACAGAGAAGUGUACAGGUCCAGCAUAUGUUAUCAGCGUUGAAAAAAAGGAGCAAGAUAGUCCGAUGAUUGUUUGUAGAAUACAUCACAACCAAACCUCGUGCUAUAAAACAGGUCAUGAAGCUCUGUACUCAUGUCGUUGUGUCAGUCCCUCAGGUCCUGUGCAAUUCUGGGAAAAGUUGGAGAGACCUGGAGAUGUGGAGUACAGGUGGAGAUGGAAGGACGAGUCAGGAAAACAAGGAGAGAAAAAUAUAACUUUUCACAUUACAACUGGUGACAAGAAAAAUACUCAACGUUUUCAAACGAUGAAAUUCAUUCUCGGCGGUACUGGUGGUCUCCUCCUUAUUGUUAUUGCUGUCGUUUUUAUUUCCGCCAGAUGUCAUAAGUCACGUCCAUCAGCAUCCACUGAAAACAGGAAGGGGCAGCACACACCGUUGGAUAACGUACAACUUACACGGCCGAACCCUCAAACUCAAGCACCAGUUGCAGUGGAAAUUACCGACAAGAGACCAGGUGUAACCAACCAUUCAUAGUAGAAGACGAGUAUGCCAGAGUGGUUCGCGAUCCCAGACGAAAAGGUCCCGCACCCCGAAAGGUGGAGCAACAAGAGUCGAUGGACAUGUUCAUCAACGAUCUGUACGAUGAAAAGGCCUUGUAGGGUCCGUCAGUAGCUUCUCAUGUUCCUGUUGCUUGUACUCCAUCCUCAGCUGCCAGUCAAGUUUUACACGAGCUUCGACUCGUUAAAAAAUUGUUCGCACACUCCAACAUCUGAAAAAAAGAGAACAAAGUAUGUAGUGGGAAAAUUACAGUGCUGAACAGAUUCAAAGCUGAGGUCGUCUGUGUUUGACAAAACAAAGUCAAUGGCCAUUAUGGAGCUUCCGUGAAACUUGAAAACUUUGUUCCUUUCAAGUUAAGUUUGUUAAUACAAACAAAAAUAAAUCAUGCACAAUGUUUUUCAGUUUCAUUGUCAUUGAAGUCCUAGGCAGUGAUAUUCGUUGAUGACCUUAGUGACUUGAUGGGCGGUUUCGUAUGUUGUGUCGGAGACCAAGAUUCAAGUUGUCAACAGUGAACAAAUAAACUGUUCGUGUCGAGAGAGAGAGUUCAUGUCAUUAACAGUAAAAUAUCUUGCCUUUGCGAGAAUCGUUGUUAAACUUGUCGUGGAUUGUUAUCACAGUUGUUUAUGGAAAAUCGAGUUUUGCCAUAGUAAUAACCGAGUAAAUACGACAAAACUUGAUGUAAAGAGGUUUCUUAGCCAUCCGCAUGCUGAGCAUGAUGCUGUGCUUGCGAGGAACAGUUGGCUUAGUCUAGUAUGUAAUGACAAUUAAUUUUAAUUUUAGGUACUGGUUGCCACCUCUUCUUGUCACGGGAAAGGUGGACAUGUUGUAGCUGAUUAAGACGGUCCUUUAUGUUAAAAUAAACCAUUUAAAA